AUGGCUCCUCUUCUCGGAACAGUUCUUGUCACGGGCGGAGGCGGAUUUCUCGGCUCUCAUAUAGUCGACGCUCUCGCAGCUGACCCCGAAUGCGCCCAAGUCGUAGCAACGUAUCGACAGGAAAGACCUGGUCAACAUACCAACCCGCUAACGACCUACCACGUUUGUGAUGUCACGGAUCGCGACCAGAUUGUGGCCUUGCUCGAAGAUGUCAAUCCAGAUAUCAUUGUACACACCAUAAUGCCGGGAGCCUUUGCGCCCCCGGAGGCUCAAUAUCACGUUAACUACGUGUCCACUAAGCAACUCCUCUUGGUAGCACGAGACCACCCUACCGUCAGAGCGUUGGUUUACGUGAGUUCCGCCGAAGCAGUUGGUCUUGCCUCUGGAUUAAACACAAAGCCAGAAACCGAAGAAGAUUCGGUCCUGUGUACUCUCGAGACUGGGUCAAAUCCAUACGCUCGUACCAAGGGAGCCGCAGAUGCUCUCGUUCUUGCAUCUAAUAGCCCAGAGAGGCCAUCGAAAGCUGAUUUCAAGGGACAUCUUCUCACGACAGUCAUUCGCUUCCCUGGCAUCUACGGACCACGAGAUAGCAUGAUCAGUGAACGUUUCUACUCAAUGGCCAAUACACUAGGGACUCGUAUUCAGUUGGGGCCAAACAAAGCAUGGCAUUCCUGGGUUUACAUCGAGAGCGCUGUCUAUGGUGUUGUUCUUGCUACCAAAGCCUUGUUGGAAGGCCAGCAUAAAGAUGGGCAUCUAACUGUUGAUGGAGAGGCAUUCUUCAUUACUGACGAGAAGCCAAUCAAGUUUUGGGAUUUUGCUUCGCGCUUCUGGAAGGCGGCUGGAGACAGGGCGUGGACUGGGGAAACGCGGCCUAAAGUUGUUAUUAUUCCUUUGUGGUUCUUAUGGUUCAACCUCAUGCUUAUGGCAUGGGCUUACAAUAUCUUCACGCUAGGUUACAAGGAACCUGGUUUUAUUUGGCGAAAUUUCGAGUACAUGAGGAAAGGCUGCUGGUACUCGAGCGAUAAAGCAAAUAAGCGGUUAGGAUAUAGUCCAGUUUGCGACACGGAUGAAGGCAUCAGUCGGACAGUUCAAUGGUAUCAGAGGAAUUGGUCUCCUAAUCACAAAAAGAGUGAGUAA